AUGUGUGAUUCACGGUUGUCCCUAGACCUCGAGAAGGCUGAAAGUCCGGGUCUGAGCCCGCUCCAACGAGUCGACUCAUCUCGCACUCUUACCAAUUCAACCUUUCCCACUCCUCAACAAUCACGAGAUCCAAGUGUAGAAAGACAGAAGCGAAGAAGACCGACAAUGGGUGGCCACUUGAAAUCCCCAUCUGUCGUUGUCAAGUCUCAGAGAUACCUUUACCAGGAUCUCGACACCUCCUAUAUGGGCCUUGUGGUCAUUGUAUGCUUCUUCAUCUCAGGAUUGAUUGACAGUGUUGCCUUCAAUUCAUGGAACUGUUUCGUCCAAAUGCAGACGGGCAACACCGUCUUCGCCGCACUCGGACUCGGAGGCCAACCCAAGGCAAGUCAUGACCAACAAUACUACAAGUCUCUCACCUCCAUCGCCGCCUUCUGCCAUGGAACCCUCUUCUUCAGCGCCCUGCACCGCUAUCCCACCGGUCUGUCUGAACAACCAUCUUCUCGCCGCCGGGUCAUCUUCAUUAUUUCCUUCUCCGUCCAAACAGUCUUCAUCAUCAUCGCUGCAUCCCUAGUCACCGUCAACCUUGUCUCCAAUAAACCCUUUGAAUCAGGCACAUUCUCAUCUGGAAGUGCCAAAAACCCCUCCAAGAUGCCCAACUUCCUCGACCUCUGCCCCGUGGCAAUCCUAGCGUUCCAGGCUGCGGGCCAAGUGACACUCUCACGGCUUCUAGCCAUGCUGGACUUGCCGACCAUCGUCCUCAGCACACUGUACCAUGACUUCACUGCAGACUUGUACUCCCUCAGGACAUCAUGGCGAAACAGAACUAGUCUCCAGCAUUUCUUCCUGGGACCUCAGAGGAGACAAGCAACGAGAUUGGCCUCAAUCUUGUCACUGUUCAUCGGUGGCAUCGUUGGUGGAGAAACUUACAAAUCCAAAGCCGGCAUGGCGGGAGCGUUGUGGAUGGCAGCUGGCCUGAAGCUCGCCGUUACCAUGGCUUACGUAUUUUGGCGGCAGGAGAAAAAAGCCAGCGAUGACGGUGACGGCUCAGAUUCCACAACACGCUGA